CAUGGCCGGAUUCGGGUUAAAGAUGUCGGAGGAUUAUUCCUGAAAUUGUGCAUGAAAUUAUGAGACACAAGUGUAAAGCUGUGAUAAGUAUGUGUCUCAAAGGACUAAAUGUGUGUGCUUUUUCAUCGUGAACAUGGAUAGAACCGGGAUCCUCAGAAUUUAGGAAACCGGAGAAAGAUUGGGGGGUGGGAUGGAUGUACUGAGUCUGGACCAGGAGGUGGGCGCCUGGGACUCGGUGCUGCUGGACCCCCUCACAGAGGAUAGUUUCAUCGCAAACUUGCACCAGCGCUUCAAGCGGGACCACAUCUACACUUACAUUGGAGACGUGGUGGUGUCAGUGAACCCUUACAAAAAGUUGGCCCUCUACUCUGGGGAACUGGUGAAGGCUUAUCGCUGUAGGGGACCGUAUCAACUACCGCCACACAUUUACGCGAUCGCCGGUUCCGCGUACAGAUUCCUGAGAGACCGAAACGAAGAUCAGUGCAUCGUAGUGUCUGGUGAGAGUGGCGCCGGGAAGACGGAAGCUGCCCGCAUCGUCCUGCAGUUCGUGGCUCUCGCGUCUGGUCAAAGCCGUGAAGUCAUGAUCAUGAAGGAACGUCUCGUACAAGCGGGGCCCCUUUUGGAAGCUUUCGGCAAUGCGAAAACAUAUAGGAAUGAUAAUUCAUCACGUUUCGGAAAGUAUUUGGACAUAGAGUUUGAUUACAAAGGAGAUCCCCUUGGAGGAACAAUAACCAAUUACCUUUUGGAAAAGUCACGAGUAACAUGUCAAGCCCAAGGUGAAAGGAACUUCCAUAUUUUCUACCAGUUACUAACAGGGGCUGAUAUCCAGCUGCUCAAAUCCCUGAAGCUACAACGCAAUCUUGAUAAUUAUGCCUUCCUACGAAGUAGCAGAAUUCACAGUUUAGAAAAUCUGGAUGAUAAACAGGAUUUCCAAGUUACAAGGAGAGCUUUGGAGACAUUAGGAUUUUCACAGGAAGAUGCUGUGAAUGUGUUCAAAAUUGUGGCAUCAGUGUUAAAACUUGGUAACAUUGGCUUCAUUCCCACAAAUAACAUUGAUGGAACAGAAGGGUGUACCAUCAACAAUGAUUAUGAGGUAUUUGAUGUGUGUCAACUUCUUGGCACUGAAUUCUCUGCUCUUGGAUCAAGCCUGACUCAACGUACAAUCACAGUGUGUGCCACUAAAUGUUGCUCUUCUCCGGUCCCUCAGCAGAGGUUUAACUCACCCUCGAAAAAUGUGACUCGAGAGCUAUAUGAUGUCUGUGAACUAGUGGGUUCAGACCAAGCUACACUCCAAGGAGCCAUGACAUCCCGCACCCUAGAGGAAAGUCAAGACUUUGUUACAGCCGAUCUGAGUGCCAGUGAAGCCACAUAUGCCCGUGAUUCUCUCUGUAAGGCUCUUUACAGUCGCCUCUUCACCUGGCUAGUCAACAAGAUCAAUGAGAGUACCAAGGUGAAACAUUAUGGUAAAAGGAAAGUGCUAGGCAUUCUUGAUGUAUAUGGGUUUGAGAUGUUUGAACGAAAUGGGUUUGAGCAGUUCAUCAUCAAUUUCUGCAAUGAGAAGCUACAUCAAGUAGUAAUGGAGACAACACUCAAGGAGGAGCAGGAAGAAUAUGUGCAUGAGGGCAUUGAGUGGACACCUAUCGAGUUCUUUAACAACUCUGUUAUUUGUGAACUCAUAGAGAAGAACAAUCACGGCAUUCUCUCAAUGCUGGAUGAAGAAUGCCUAAAAUCAGGGGUUCUGUCUGAUGAAGUAUUCCUAAGGAAACUGGCCCAGUGUUGUGCUGAUAAUUCUCACUGUGAGGUCAAGGGUACAGCAGUGUCUCACAGAAACUUUGUCACCACACCUGGUGCCUCUGACAACAGCCUUCCACCCAACUGCUUCCGACUGAGACACUAUGCAGGCACAGUGACCUAUAAUGUGUGUGGGUUUGUGGACAAGAACAAUGACAUUUUGCAUCGAGACUUAUCUCUUGCCAUGUAUCGCUGUGAGCAUCCACUUCUCAAAACACUUUUCCCUGAAGGAAACCCGAAACGGUCAAGUUUGAAGCGACCUGCUACAACAGGAACACAAUUCAAAAUUUCAAUAAGUGCCCUCAUUCGGAACCUUAGUUGUAAACACCCACAUUAUGUUCGUUGCAUCAAACCCAAUGAGCUGAAGCAACCAAGGAUAUUUGAGAUGGCACUGGUGCAACAUCAGGUCAGGUACCUAGGUCUGAUUGAAACGGUACGGGUACGGAGGUCAGGGUUCUGUUACCGACUGCCAUACCAGCAGUUCCUUUCACGCUACAAGAUGCUUUCACUGCACACCUGGCCUAAUUGGCAAGGACCUCCAGUUGAAGGUGUUUCCUACCUCAUUAGGGACCUACCCAUCCCAAGUGGAGAAUUUGCCUUUGGAAGGACGAAGGUCUUUGUGAGAAGUCCCAGAACAGUGUUUGAGUUGGAGGAGUUUCGUAGAGAGCGGCUUGAAGAUUUAGCAGUGCUGCUGCAGAAAAUAUGGCGUGGCCAUAGACAGAGGAAGGAAUUCUUAUUAAAGAAGAACAGCCAAGUUGUCAUUGCAUCUGCUUGGAGAAGUUGGAGAGCAAGAGAAGAGUAUCGUAUUCUUAGGCAUCGAAAACAGGUGGAAUGGGCAGUAAAUAUAAUACAGCAACAUUACAUUCACUGGAAGAGGUGGCAGUUUCUGCUUCGCCUUGCUCGACAGCUUCCUCCAGAAUCUGAAUCUCCAGUCAACAGAGAGUGGCCAUCAUGUCACAGAAGAUUAACAGAGACCAGUAUAAUCCUUAGAAGGAUACACCACAAGUGGAGAUGUCACAAAUAUCGACUAAAAUUUGACCAAACAGCAAGAAAUAGAAUGAGAGAAAAAGUGACAGCUAGUAUUAUCUUCAAGGAAAGGAAAGCGUCAUAUCCACGAAGUGUGUCACAUCCUUUCCUGGGGGAUUAUGUUCGCCUUAGACAGAAUGUCCAGUGGAAGAAGGCCUGUGUAGAAACCAAUGACCAAUAUGUGGUGUUCGCUGAUAUCAUAAACAAGAUCACCAGAUCAAGUGGGAAGUUUGUUCCAAUCCUCUUUGUGCUAUCAACAAGCUCCAUGCUGAUACUGGACCAGCGUACACUGCAGAUUAAAUACCGUGUACCAGCAGCAGAGAUCUACCGGUUGUCCCUUAGUCCAUAUUUGGACGAUGUAGCUGUCUUCCAUGUUCGUGCUCCCAGCCCCAGCUCAGAGGUGACGAGCCACCAGAACAUUCCUGGCUGCCUGUUUCAGAGUGACCUCAGCAAGAAGAAAGGCGACUUUGUCUUCCAGACUGGCCAUGUGAUUGAAAUUGUCACCAAGCUGUUCCUUGUGGUCCAGAAUGCAACUGGAAAACCACCCGAAGUCAACAUAAGCACUGAAUUUGAGGCAAAUUUUGGCCAGCAGUCAGUGACAUUCACUUUCAAGUGCAUGGGUCUUCCAGAGGUGCAGCCAGGACAGAUUCGCAUCGUACGUAAGGGGAACAAGAUGGAAGUUCUUGUAUGAGAAACAGCUCUCUUGUUCCACGCAUCCAUAAGGCAGUAGUUUUACAGAAAGAAAUAAGUUGAGAUGCAAACUGCUGCAUGUGUUCCCUCUGUGGUAGACUGCAUUGUCUAAAUGCAGGGGCCUAUGAUACACACAACAAAACCAACUGAUUGUGAUAAAAUGCCUUGCCUGCCUUGGUCUAACAAGUUUAAAUCUAGUCUCUGGCCAAAUUAUGAGGUCUCCGCUCAACAACAAUAUUUUGGAGAAAUUAUUUGGGGUAUAAAAAUAAAAAAAUAUGUGUGUACAUAGUGUACAGCGUGGA